AUGACGGAUUACAGCAAACAGACAGUCGCGCAACUGCGGCAGGUGUUGAAGGACCGGAGUAUACCCAGCACCGGCUUAACACGAAAGGCGCAAAUUAUCGAGAAGCUUCAGGAGGCCGACCUCGCUGCUGAGACUCCCAGUGCGCCAGAUGAGGGUACCGAAAGCGCAGACGCGCCGCCGGAUGCGGUAGAGCAGGUGAAUACCGAAGUUGGCGACGACACUGCCACCAAAGAGCAUGUCCCUGGACCAGCGCUCUCUGAUGCUGGAGGUAUGCGCACUAUGAGUACAUCGCCGCCGCUAGAUGCUGACCCGAGUCUAGAAGCAGAGCAGCCUACACGCGAAGCCGAGCCAGAGCCUCUACCCGUACCCGCAGCGACUACCGAUUCCCUCCCCGAGACAAUUUCGCACAUUGACAGCGAGAUUCCUCCACCAGACGAGAUUAAAGCAAUAGAGCGGCCUGCCGAGAACACAACCAAUGCGGAGGAGCCCGGCUCAAUACAACCGGCGGGAGUCUUCAAUGCACCGCCCGCAGAUGCCGACGAUGUGGUUGGUCCAACCGUGACGGAGCCUACGGAUGCGGAAGUUGGAGACGUAAAGAAAGUCGAAGUCGCAGAGGGCGAGCUGCCAGAUGCUCCAGGACCGGCUGCUGAAGCUCUGCGGUUGGCGCAGCCAACGUCUGGACUCCCCGAAGAUUUGCAAGACACGAGCAUGGACGCGAAGACAGCUUCACCUGUGUCCAAUGAGCAACAAUCCGUUGAGAAGCCGGAUUUGCUUACGGUUCCAGAGCCCUCGACGACGGAAACAUCGAGGCUCAACACGGAAGAAGUAGAAACAGACUCGAAGAAGAGAAAGAGGAGGAGUGACGCCCCCGAGAUGGCGGACCAGGAAAUCAAGGCAAAGAAGCACAGGCCCAGCCAGGAACCGGCGCCUGGCGUUCACCUGCAGGAAGACGAGGACACCGUUAUGGAGCAAAGAAGAUCGGAGGAAGACACCGCACCUUUAGCAAAUGGCAAUCCAAACGAAACGAACGACACUCGCUCUAUACCAGCCGGGGAGGAUCCGCCAGUUGUGGAGACUGACACAAGACGCGAGAAAAAGGAAAAGGCCUCUCGGUACAAAGACCUCAUGAAAUCCAACGCAGACGACACACCCCAGGAAGCCUUGACUGAUGACAGACCCACGGUACCCGCGCUCCACCCUGUGACAUCUGCAUUGUACAUCCGCAAUUUCAUGCGCCCUCUGCGUCUGGAGCCACUACGAGCACACCUAAUCUCUCUUGCCUCGCCGCCAUUCACCUCACCGGACCCCACAAUUGUGGAAACCCUUUUCCUGGACGUACUCAAGUCGCAUGCGCUUGUACUCUUUAGCACUAAGACUGCUGCAUCACGAGUGCGAGCAUCUUUACACGGCUCCAUCUGGCCACCAGAAGGUAACAGGAAAGAGCUCUGGGUCGACUUCGUCCCGGAUGAGCACGUGAAGGAUUGGAUCAAAGAGGAAGAGGACGCUGCAGCUGCCGAGAAAGACGCUCGUGCAAACAAACGCUCACAUAACCCCAAAAGGUUUGAAGUCGUAUAUCCAGAGUCCAGUGAUGGCUCUGUUGUAGCUGUAUUCCAGGAAGUCGGUUCAGGCGCUCCUGCAAACGCACCACGAGGCCCACGCGCAAGCGCAGACGCACGAAUGCCAUCUAUACAACAAGCACCAGCACCAUCGCUCCCAACAGCCUCAUCGAAAGAUACCCGACAAAACACAGAAGCUUCGUUCAAAACACUCCACGAUCUGUUCAGCUCCACAGAAGCGAAGCCACAACUUUUUUAUCUCCCCGUUUCGGAUGAAAUUUCCGAUCUGAGGCUGAAGGAACUGGACGCCGAGACAAGUAGAGACUGGGCACCUGGCCAAACAAGGAAGGGGCGGGGCAUCAAGACUGAGAUGAAGUACAAAUACAGUUUUGACGACGAUGACAGGGUUGUCGAAGUUGGUGAAGAGCGCCCUGACUACAGAGGUGGCAGAGGCGUCGAAGACCCGGGCCAGGUCCUCCUUCCCUAUGUCAGGCCGCUGCUCGAAGUUGCAGCAGGCAAGAACGACGGCUACGAUUUGCUGUAG